UUGUCGGAUUUAAAUAUACGAAGCGGGAGGCCAUGGAAGAAUGAAUUAACGCACCAUAACUUUCGUUGGUGUCAUUAAGAUCAAAACAACAUUGAACACAACUAUUUUGUUGCAAACGUUUGCCGUUCGUGGUUUGCGGUGUGAGAAAAUGAAGAUGAAGACGUAAUUGCAUCGAUCCGAUAGUAGAUCAUCGAAAUGAGAAAUGAGCAUACGGAUAUUGUUGCCGGGAUUAUGUUAUUGCGGAAAUGUUAGAAGAAGGACUACGAAAGUUUGCUCAGGAGAACUUUAGCCAUAGAUACUAUCCCAUUCUUCAUGGAGAAUCUGAGAAAAUACAGCCACUAGCGCUUGCUGUAAAAAGGUCUCGGCCAAUAUGGAAGCGACCACGCGGAAAACAUGAAAUCAUAGUCCUUGCGGAAAUGGCGAAAUAUGUUGAAAAUGACGAAAUAGUUAAGGUGUUCCGUGAUUCCUUGGAAUCUCAAGUCAAAGAGGAAAUGUUUCAGUCCAAACCGACCAUCGAUAUGGGUAACAGUGCUAAGGCGUACAGUAUGGGUGUCUCAGGAUAUCUGGAGGGAACCAUUAAGAUCAGUGGUGAUCAAGGAGUUCUAAAACUGGGUAGAUUGAGCCAGAAAUACAUUGACGAUCCAGAUCUCCGUGGAAUACUCGCAAAUACGCCUUUAGAUCACAACAAAAUGAAAGGAUUUAAAAGCGAUGAACUGUUUCUGAUUACAUCUGUGAUUUCAAGCGAGAAAUUUCAACUUGAAGGAGAGAGAAAGCAAGAGACCGAGGCCGAAUUCAAUAGCGAAGUGCCACAAAUAGCGGCGAAUUCCUUCGUCAGAUAUUUUAUUCCAGCUGGAAAAGUACAUGCUCGCUUCUUCAGCACAUUUCUUCCUCCAGAGGUGGCAUCCAGAAACUCCGCUGCACCGAUCCUCUUCAAGUGUUGCCAUGUUGAUUACCUAAAGGAUGAAAACAGACUGGAAAUCCGGAAAGGAGAAUACGUUGGUAAAACAGUUUGCAGGGACAUGUUCGGCGGCGAUCCUACCGAAGAAGACCCGGAUUAUGAUAGUACCUACGUGGAAAUAUACUCAGAAGAUCAGACUGAUUUACCUGAUGAACUUAAUCCAGAAGAUAUCAAGAAACUUGAUCUUAUACUUACCAAAGUGCUUCUACCAACAAAGAAUAGAGAAGAGUGUAAAGCGCUUGUAGAGAAGUACCUGAUCUGGUUUGAAACCGCGUUGAAAAAUGACCAGACCAAGUUUCUGAUUAAGCAGCCAAUAACACGAGCUGAUUGUGAGUUUCUCAGAAUUGCUGCCUAUCUUUCCUGCUCCGUGGGAGCGAAUACGUUAGAUCUGGGGGCUCUCACCAAAGACGACAUUCAUGGAUAUGCUGUCGUCUUCAGGAUACUUUCCGGUUUAUCUGACGAAAAAUGGGAAGAAAUUGAGAAGGAUGGCGCAAACCUUAUGCCAUAACUAAGUUAAAGAUGAGCAACGUUGUUUUCACAUUGAAUCACAAGCUUAGAAAAGGAGAUAAUUCAAAAUGUCUUAACUCGUUAAGUUUAGAGGAGAGCAGCUUUAAAUAUAUUAAGAAAGUAGUUUGCUUGUAUAUAAACAGACACCAGGUUUAUAAAUUAAACAGGAAAGGACGGGCGUGGUCGAAGGUUUAACACCAAAAGCGUAGGAUGGCAGGCGAAUCUCUUCAAUAUUAGUAAAAUGUGACAUAAAAUAUUUUUUAGCUUAGUUCUCAAUUUAGUGUCAAGGGUAAUCCGGGAUUGCUUUGGUUUGGCUUCAUUAGUGGAGAAAACCCGCGCUACUCAAAACUAAAACCAAAGACGACUGGGUCACUCGCGUUUUCCCGCGUUUCAGGCAGUUUGAUUGUAUUUGCUUUGCCACUAACUGCUUGUGAUAUUUUCCUUUGUUUCGACUUUUUCCUUUGUUUCGACUUUUUUGUGAUUACUUUGGUUUAAAAACUCAAUCGAAACACGCGUCUAAUGGCAAUGAAAAACUUUUUCUCUGUAAAGCAGAAUACCUAUUUUCAUCUGAUCCUUUUGAGUAAGGAAACUAGUUUAAAAUUUAAAAUUUUGCGACCAAACUGUUGUAGGAAAUGAAAGAUUUUUGAGUGCUCUCUGAGCGGUUAAUGUCCACGAACAAAUUUCGAACACAUUUACACGCCAAACACAUUUAUAAUAGCCUCUAUUUUCGUGCCAAAUAGAGACUGCUGUUUGUGUAUAUUUAAGCUAAUUAGUUGUAACUUUGUUUAUCAU